AUGUUCCGCGACGCGGGAGUCACACCGGACUGUGCAGCUUCGCUUGUCACUAACGGCAAAGGACGCAUAACGUGCCUAGAUCCAGAGGUCAUCAAGCAGUAUAGCAAACACGGUCCGCGCAACGAUAUGGGCUGCCUCGUUCCCAGGCAUGGUGCUGAAUUUACGAAUAAGAGGACUUGCAAAGAAUCCAACACAGACUUCGAGGUCGUCCAAGCCAAAGACGGCCAGGAAUACCUCUUCCUAAACUUCAUCCACCCAGGCGCUCACCACGAGCUGCGUAUCUCCAUCGAUGAGCACGACAUGUGGCUCGUGGCCGCAGACGGCGAUUUCGUCAAGCCGAAGAAAGUCCAAGCCUUCAAUCUCAAUAUGGGCGACCGCAUCAGCGUGCUCGUCCCGCUCGACAAGAAGGUAGGGGACUAUGCCAUUCGUCUGGCGUCCUUGUCCACAGAACAAGUCAUCCAAGGUCUCAGCAUCUUACGCUAUCCCAACCAACCUGAUGCUCGAGAUAAACAUGGCGUCAUGCUCGCACCCACCAGCACAUCUCACAUCAAUCUCGUUGGCGACAUGAUUUCGAACAGUAUCGCAAUGGACGAGCUGACCGACCUGUCGCCGUUUCCGGCCCGCCAGCCGCCAGCCACGUCAGACACGACGCUACGAUUCAUGGCAAACCAGACGAGCCCAAGUACGUGGGUGCUAGCGUCCGAGCCGCAUCAGGGGUUCCGGCAGCAGAUGCCGCCGAUUCUCUGGAAUGAAGAGUCGAGGGGCCCAACGACGUUCUCUGGGCUGAAAAAUGGGUCUGUUGUGGACAUCAUAUAUGAGAAUGGGGCUUACGCUAUGCAUCCAUUCCAUAAGCACAACCACAAGGCGUUCAUCAUCGGGCGCGGCGAAGGCUACUUCAUAUGGCCAGAUGUUGCCACCGCGUUAAAGAAGGCGCCGGAGAACUUCAACAUGAUUGAUCCACCUCUACGUGAUGGAGCGCGGUUAUCUGCUGGUCCCGGAUCGUGGACCGUGAUUCGGUAUACUAUCACGUUCCCAGCCAUGAGCAUGCUGCACUGCCAUCGUAUUGCGCAUUUUGCGGGUGGUCAACAGAUCGUGCUUGUCGAGGGCGGUGACACCAUGCCUCCUGCGCCGGAUUAUAUCAAGCAUUUGACGCAUUCGGAAUUUGUGCCUCCGUUGCGAUAUGGACCGUUGGAUUAG